AUGGAGCACCCGGACAUCCCCAGCCCUGAUUCAGACGGCUCGGGCUCCUCUGAUGAAUACCCUCCUCAAUAUCCCAGAACGAAUUCAACCUUCGAGACCGAAGGUCAAAUCCAAACGCCGGCCACUACAAUCACUUCCUCACCUCCGUCCCAUUCACCUGGCCUUGCCCCAUGGACUGCUACCCCAUCGUUACGACCGCGCGGAUCUAGUGUCGGAGCUUCUACCAUCCUCGAAAAUCCCGAUGGCCUUGCCAUGGCCAGCGACCCGCGACUACAACGCCCGUCCGCUCCAGUAAGGACGCCGUCGAACACGUACGCCCCCCAGCGCCGGCCACCACAGUAUAUUAGUCUUCAGGAAGACCGCCAACGGUCCUCAUCAGCGAAACGGGGCGCCCGACGCGACCCGAACGCGCAAUACCGAGCCCAAGAGAAAGCUUACGUUCAACGAAUCCGAGCGAAUCCACAAGCCUGGUACCACCAUUUCAAAGACGCCCAGGCAAACAGCAUGAUCGAUGGCGAUGCCGACCUAGAGGAUCCCUCCCCGUCAUCCGAAGUCGCGUUCGACGAUGAUUCUUACGACCCCGAUACCCAGCUUUUCCUCCCGGACGACAAUCUGCCGACAACCGAAGAGCUCAAGCACCCCAAGAAUCAGGAGCGGCUGGAGUGGCACUCCAUGCUUGCAUCAGUCUUGAAGGGUGAUGUGGUCAAACAAGAGAAGAUUCGACUGAAUGGGUCGGCGGAAUCAAAACGCUCGGCGGCUCAGAGCUAUGCCCUCUGGAUCGGAGUACGAGCAAGGACAUGCGGGCGAAGUAUUCCUCUACAGCGGAAGUUAAUCGAGGAUGCCCGGUCGCAUCUUGGCCCGAUCAUCGAAGAUAUCGUCGGGUUCCAGAUUAAAGGCGAAACAGAGAUCGGCAAGCCGCCUAGGCAACAGGUUGAAGAUAUCGUGGAGAAGGUUGAGAAAUGCGAGGUUCUCUACUCCUCAUCAAAAGAGAUGGAACUUGCGAACCCCCGUGUCGCCUCGGAGGAGUUUACCUCAAGCCGUGCUGCCAUAUUUUCGUGGCACAACAUCACGGCUCUCAUCAACACCGAGCUGGCCGUGCUCCAAAGCUGGGUUGGCAACGAAGCCCUCAAUUUCAGCGAGCCCAGAGUUAAAUCUGCAAAGAAUGAUCUCUCUGAUGGCUCUUCGUUCCUUGAUCGUAUCAUGAAAGAAGACGGUCUAAAGACGCUGCAAGACAAGGAUGGCAUGCUUCUGAGUAUCCUUGCCGUUGUUCAUAAAGCCAAGAGUACCCUUAUCGAGAACGCUGAGGCAUUCGCCGCACGUCAUCUGCCGCCGUAUAUUGAGGAACUGCUGACCCUGAUCAACUUCCCCUCACGGUUGAUCCAGGAGAUCAUUCGUGUCCGUCUGUCUUAUGCCAGAAACAUGAAGGAUCCAGCUUCGCAGGCCCCAAUUCUCGUUGAUCAGAUGAUCUCCCAAUUCCAAAUCCUUAUGAAAGUGGCAGUUGAUAUCAAGUUCCGCUAUCUUGAUAUCUCUAGGCCUGAACCUGGUUGGGAUCUUCCGCCUUGUGUCGAUGAGAACUUUGACAAUUCAGUUCUGGACGCUAUGAAGUAUUACUUCCGGCUUCUGAACUGGAAGUUGAAUGCCAACAAGAACACAUUCAAGGAGGCUGAGAUUCUGGAGCAGGAAUGGGGAUUUUCAUACGAUAUUGGCCGCCGCCUUGAGGGUGGAGAUAUUGAGGUAGCCGAACAGUUCAGUGCCUUGACUGCCAGAUCCUUGCAGCGUCUCAUGAUUCAUUUCGAACGUGAGCUUGUUCCACGACCUAAAGAGACUGUACAAGACAUGGACAAGCGAUACAAGAGUAUCCUUGAUUCCACUCGCAUUCGCCAACGCAAGCUGUACCGGUUCUCCAAAUUUUUGUGUCAAUUGUUUGAAAACGCGACCGAAUACAACAUUACUGCCGACAUUGCAUACGAUUUCUUCGAGGCUCUUCUGAUAUCCGACCACUUCCUUGUAACCUCACCCACAACGUCCGGGCAGAAGGGUGUCUACCUGAUUGCACACCACGCAUUGUGGAAUCGACCUGCCGACAUCCAGGCCAUACUUUCCACCUCUUUCAAAGAAGAUGACACAACUCAAGACGGCCAUAUCCCGUAUAUCCUUGCCAUUCGGCCAGAAAGGCCUCUUGCCUGGGCCGGCAAGGUCAUGGAAGUGGGCUUCCUGGAACAUCCAACCGAUGUCCGUCUGGGCAAAUUACGCCUAGUUGUCGCGGGUAUGCAGGAACGGCUGCAAAAUGCUCGCAUGGAAUUGACGGUUCUUACGGGCAUCCAACUUGACAUGGUCAUUGAACAGCGUGCAAACCUUGGUCGUGUCAAUGUCGAGUUGAACAAGAUCAAGAAGAUCUCUUUCAAACUGUCCAUGACCAUCAUGGACAGUGUCGCCAUCAUCAAAGACCAGUUGCGAGAAAGACGAUGGGAGAACAACGACUUGAUUCAAGCAUGUUAUUCAUUUGCAACGGAGUUUGGCAAACGUUCAUCCAACUACGUCGACGCUAACAGGCGUGCUAUGAACAGUGCUCGACUAGUGGAACUAUCUUUGGACUGGGUCUCGUUUAUUUGUGAUGAAUGUGAUGCUGCAGACCGCAAGACAUUCAAAUGGGCUGUGGCUGCUCUUGAGUUUGCGAUGGCGAUAACUUCCAGUCGACAUCUGCUGUCCAUGGAUCAGGAACAGUACAGCGACUUCCGAUUGAAAGUCGCAGGAUGCAUGUCUCUCCUCAUUUCCCAUUUCGACAUCAUGGGUGCUCGGUCGUCACUUGCGGCGAAGAACGAGAAGCGCAUGGAAGAGCGCAAUGGAGCGCGACAAAUUGGUGCCGGUCGGAUCACCAGCGAUGAAGAAGCAUCACAACUCGUUCGCGACACUUGGCACGCACGUGUCAUGGAGAUUGAAGAUAGGAGAAUUGAAGAAGACGCGAAGCGCCAGGCUCUCGGAAAGGUCUUGGAAGGCUCUGAUGAGGCGGACCGGUCGCUCACCGUGCUAUCUUCGUCUGCUACCAAUGUCACUCUGCGUUGGCAACAAGGUCAAUUCAUCGGAGGUGGUACUUUCGGAUCGGUCUAUGUGGCUAUCAAUUUGGACAGCAACUAUUUGAUGGCUGUCAAAGAAAUCCGCCUGCAAGACCCGCAACUUAUUCCCAAGAUCGCCCAGCAGAUUCGAGAUGAGAUGGGCGUGCUUGAAGUCCUUGACCACCCGAACAUUGUCUCCUACCAUGGCAUCGAAGUACAUCGCGACAAGGUUUACAUCUUCAUGGAAUACUGUUCGGGUGGCUCACUUGCCAGUUUGUUGGAACACGGUCGUAUCGAAGACGAAACGGUCAUCAUGGUGUAUGCGCUUCAACUCCUGGAGGGUCUAGCAUAUCUUCAUGAGGCCCACAUUGUUCAUCGUGACAUCAAGCCCGAGAAUAUUCUCCUCGAUCACAAUGGUGUCAUCAAAUACGUCGAUUUCGGUGCCGCUAAGAUCAUCGCUCGCACGGGUCGCACUAUUGCGCCCGUGGAUAACCCCGGAAACCCCAACUUCAAGGAUCCAGCCAAUAAGGAUGCAAACGCACGCGGUAAGAACCAGAAGACCACGACUGGAACCCCAAUGUACAUGUCACCGGAAGUCAUUCGGGGCGACGCUGCAAAACUGGCCAACAAGCAAGGAGCAGUGGACAUCUGGUCGCUGGGCUGUGUGAUUCUCGAAAUGGCCACUGGCCGCCGACCCUGGUCCACUCUAGACAAUGAAUGGGCUAUCAUGUACAACAUCGCUCAGGGCAAGCAACCUGUGCUUCCAUCCCUUGACCAACUCAGCGAGCUGGGCAUUGACUUCGUGCGCCGCUGUUUCGAAUGCGAUCCCGCCCGCCGCGCCACUGCCGCCGAAUUGCUCCAGCACGAGUGGAUCGUCUCCAUCCGCCAGCAGGUUGUCUUGGAGCCCCCAACCCCCGGCAGCGACUACAGCAGCAGUUCUGGGUCUGGCUCGGCAACUGCCACUCGCCAAAAUUCGGCAUAUAUGUGA